AUGAAAUUUGGUAUUUUUGAAGAACACCUUGCCGUUGAUGAAAUGAUAGUCAAAUAUUAUGGCCUUCACGCUCUGAAACAAUUCAUUAGGAGUAAGCCAAUUAGGUUUGGCUACAAGUUUUGGGCAUUAUGGGGUGUCUCUGGUUAUUGCUACAAUUUUGAUCUUUAUUGUGGCAAGAGCUCAUCUGAUGACAACCGCGCAGACUUACUGCUUGGAUCAAAAGUUGUAUUGAACAUGCUAGAUGUUGUGGAAGAACCACAAUCAUAUAGUGUCUUCUUUGAUAACUUAUUUACCGGAUAUGAGUUACUGGUUCAUCUUCGCGAACUCGGCUCAAGCAACUGGAACUGUGCGCGAGAACAGGCUAAAGAAAUGUCCUUUGAUGGAAGCAAAAGAACUGAAAAGCAAAAAUGA